GACCGCGACAAAGUAUGUAUGGCUCGCGAUAAUCUACUUAAGGAACAUAAAGAUAAAAAUCCAAAGAAAUUUGGAAAAGUUUUCAUAACAAUCAAAAAGUAUAAAUAAAAUUAAAACAAUUACCAGGGAAUUAAACAAAAAAUAGAGAUUCAAUUCAAAAAAGGGUGAGGGGGUCGAACUAGGCGUAUAUAUAAUCUAAUCGUUAUAAGACAGCUGGGGGAUUUUUUCCAAGAAUGAUUCUCGAAUACGAUUGAAUCGAAGAUACAACGAAUUGGUUUACGGUAUGGAACAAACACAUGUAUAUGUCAUAGUAGAUAUUCAUUAGUUAUAGAUGACUAUCUAUCUAAAUUUGUCCUGCUACUACUCUAAAUUUAGGUAGGGAUUCAAAAAAAAAAGACCACUUCCAUCUCUUGUAAUUGUGAAUUGAAUAUAAAAUGAAAUCAAAGAAAAAGGAAGGUUUAAAAUAAAUGUAAGAUAAGACCAAAAAUUGUCUGUAUUCACAAAAAACUACAAGGGUAGAAACGAAAAAAGUAAAUAUCGAAAUAAUUGAGAUAAUUCAAUCAAAAUUAUUCCGUUUGAAAUUUUGAAUUACACUUCGACUAGAGAAAGAUAACUAGGAAGAAUGAAAUAAUUAAGUCAUAUAUUUUUUGUUGAUUAUAUUAUUAACUAUUUCUUAAUUUUAUUUGGAAUAGGAGAAACUUAUCAUGAAUCCACUGAUUGCUGCUGCUUCUGUUAUCGCUGCUGGGUUGGCCGUCGGGCUUGCUUCUAUUGGACCUGGAGUUGGUCAAGGCACAGCUGCAGGGCAAGCUGUAGAGGGGAUUGCGAGACAACCGGAAGCAGAGGACAAAAUACGGGGUACUUUAUUACUUAGUUUGGCUUUUAUGGAAGCUUUAACUAUUUAUGGGCUGGUUGUAGCAUUAGCGCUUUUAUUUGCCAAUCCUUUUGUUUAAUAUUUAUAAAAAAAAUACAUAUUGUUUUUUUUUCCAUGGAUUUUCGUUGCUGCUCUUGCUAAUUCGAUUUCGAUUUGACUCCUACAAUUUUUUUUUCAUUCGGAUUAACAUAUGGAUUUGCCUUCUUCCGUCCCUUUCUUUAGUCCAAUGACCCCCUUUUUUAUUUAGAAAGUGUUGAAAACAACUAAGUAUUUACUUCUAAGAAGUAUAAUUCUUAUAGGGAAUCUUUCAAUUGACUAACCAAUUCAAAAUAUAGAAUAGUCUUCUUAGUAUAUUUUUAUUCUUACUACUAUUCAUUAUUAGUAAGAAUAAAAAUAGAAUAAGUCGAUAUAUUCAUAUUCAAUAAUUCGAUUAUAGAAUAAACUAUCAUAUACAAAAACGAAUAAAAAAAACUUGGAAUCGUAGAAAGAAAAUUAGUCUAUCCAUAAGAGGAGAUGCGAUCAUAUGCAAAAUAUAACCGACGGAAGUUUCGGGUUUGAUACCGAUAUUUUAGCAACAAAUCUAAUAAAUCUAAGUGCAGUGCUAGGUGUAUUGAUUUUUUUGGAAAGGGAGUGUUAAGUGAUUUAUUAGAUAAUCGAAAACAGAGAAUCUUGAGAACUAUUCGAAAUUCAGAAGAACUCCGGGAAACAGCCAUUGAACAGCUGGAAAAAGCCCGGGCCCGUUUAAGGAAAGUAGAAAUGGAAGCAGAUCGGUUUCGAGUGAAUGGUUAUGCCGAGAUAGAACGAGAAAAAUUGAAUUUAAUUAAUUCAAUUUAUACAAGUUUGGAACAAUUCGAAAAUGACAAAAAUAAAACCAUUCAUUUUGAACAACAAAGGGCGAUUAAUCAAGUCCAACAAAGUGUUUUACAACAAGCAUUACAAGGAGCUCUGGGAACUCUUAAUAGUUGCUUAAACAACGAGUUACAUUUACGUACGAUCGGUGCUACUAUUGGUAUGUUUGGGUCGAUGAAAGCAAAAAAUAACUGAUUAGUUGUUCUACUAUAGAACUGAUUAGUUGUUCUACUAUAAUAGAGAGUAUAGGGAAGACUUAUUUUUGUUUUUCUUCGAAAAAGAAUCAAAUUUAGAAAUAUUCAUGGUAACCAGUCGUGCAGAUGAAAUUAGUCAAAUUAUCCGUAAACGUAUUGAGCAAUAUAAUACCGAAGUAAAAAUUGUAAAUACAGGUACCGUACUUCAAGUAGGCGAUGGCAUUGCUCGUAUUUAUGGUCUUGAUGACGUAAUGGCAGGUGAAUUAGUAGAAUUUAAAGAGGGUACCGUAGGCAUUGCUUUGAAUUUGGAAUCAAAAAAUGUUGGUGUUGUAUUAAUGGGUGAUGGUUUGAUGAUACAAGAGGGAAGUUCCGUAAAAGCAACAGGAAGAAUUGCUCAGAUACCAGUAAGUGAGGGUUAUUUGGGUCGUGUUGUAAAUGCCCUAGCUAAACCUAUUGACGGUCGAGGAGAAAUUUCAACUUCGGAAUCUCGGUUAAUUGAAUCUCCCGCUCCCGGUAUUAUUUCCAGACGUUCCGUGUAUGAGCCUCUUCAAACAGGACUUAUUGCUAUUGAUUCUAUGAUCCCUAUAGGGCGUGGCCAGCGAGAAUUGAUUAUUGGGGACAGACAAACAGGUAAAACAGCAGUAGCUACAGAUACGAUUCUCAAUCAACAGGGACAAAAUGUAGUAUGUGUUUAUGUAGCUAUUGGUCAAAAAGCAUCUUCUGUGGCUCAAGUAGUAACUACUUUACAAGAAAGAGGAGCAAUGGAAUACACUAUUAUAGUGGCUGAAACAGCAAAUUCCCCAGCUACAUUACAAUACCUCGCGCCUUAUACAGGAGCAGCUCUGGCUGAAUAUUUUAUGUACCGUGAACGUCACACUUUAAUUAUUUAUGAUGAUCCCUCCAAACACGCACAGGCUUAUCGCCAAAUGUCUCUUCUAUUACGAAGACCACCAGGUCGCGAAGCUUAUCCCGGAGAUGUUUUUUAUUUACAUUCGCGUCUUUUGGAAAGAGCCGCUAAAUUAAGUUCUCAGUUAGGUGAAGGAAGUAUGACUGCUUUACCAAUAGUUGAGACCCAAUCCGGAGAUGUUUCAGCUUAUAUUCCUACUAAUGUCAUUUCCAUUACAGAUGGUCAAAUAUUCUUAUCUGCCGAUUUAUUCAAUGCUGGGAUCAGACCCGCAAUUAAUGUGGGUAUUUCCGUUUCCAGAGUUGGAUCGGCGGCUCAAAUAAAAGCCAUGAAACAAGUAGCUGGUAAAUUAAAAUUGGAAUUAGCACAAUUCGCAGAAUUAGAAGCUUUUGCACAAUUCUCUUCCGAUCUCGAUAAAGCUACGCAAAAUCAAUUGGCAAGAGGUCAACGAUUGCGCGAGUUGCUUAAACAAUCCCAAUCAGCUCCUCUUACUGUGGAAGAACAGAUAAUAACUAUUUAUACUGGAACGAAUAGUUAUCUUGAUUCAGUAGAAAUUGCACAGGUAAGGAAAUUUAUCGUUGAGUUACGGGCUUAUUUAAAAACGAAGAAACCUAAAUUCAACGAAAUCAUAUCUUCUACCAAGACAUUCACUGGGGAAGCAGAAGCCAUUUUGAAGGAAGCUAUUCAGGAACAGAUGGAACUCUUUUGACUUCAGGAACAAGUAGAAAAAAAAUGGAUUCCAAAUUUCAUACCUUUAUAAUUUAGAUAAUUAGUCUGUUUCAAUAUUUAAAAUUUAAAUAAGAAUAAUCAAGAUAAGAAAUUUACAAUAUAGUUUUAGAAAUAUACGAAUUCAAGUAAUAUAUAUGCAAUAAAUUCAAUAUGUAAUAAAUUUGCGUCCAAUAGGAUUUGAACCUAUACCAAAGGUUUAGAAGACCUCUGUCCUAUCCAUUAGACAAUGGACGCUUUUCUUUUUUUCUUUCCCUUUUCACGAAAAUUUCAAGGGAAAGAAAAAAAAAAAUUCUAUAAAAUACUCUAUCUAUCCGAAUAUCGAAAUAAUAAUUAUUCUAACUAGAAUAAGACUAAAUAAUUCAAAUUGAAUAUUCAUAACUAAAUAAAGAAAUUUACUAAAAAAUAGAAUAUAUAUAGAGAAAUCGAAUAUAAGCGGGUAGCGGGAAUCGAACCCGCAUCAUUAGCUUGGAAGGCUAAGGGUUAUAGUCGACGUUUAUGAAUGAACGUCUCUAAUUCAAAACCGAACGUGAAACUUUUGUUUCAUUCAGCUCCUUUACAGAAUAAUUUUAGAGAUAGAUGGAAUACAUUACAAAAAAUCACCCAUAACAUCUAUGUCAGCCUUUCGGUAUGAAUACAAUUAAUGUUGCUUUUUAGAUGAUCCCUAUAGAAAACGAGGAUUUGAACAAUCUCUUUUUUUCUAGUUACUUCGUUCUCUAUUUCUAUUUGAUAGAAUCUUUAGGAAAAGAAUAAAAUUUCCGUCGAGCUAAAAAAAUAUGUUGAUGUUUCUAGUAAACUAAAAAAAUCGUUUAAUAGCUAUUUUGCUUCACUCUCUCCUAUACAAAACAAAUACAAAAAUGGGAAGAUUUAGUUACGAUUGGAAACAAAUUUUAGAUAUCUUUCUCCCUGGAUCCUUUACUUAUAUUCAAAAAUAGGGAUUCUUGAUCCAAUUGCAAAAACUUAUGUUUCAUAAUUUUAGAAUCAAUUCUAAAUUGUAUACAAAUUACGAUAAUGUAUAUUAUUCCUCGAAUUGCUCGUUGAGAGGUAUAAAGGAUUAAAUCCCUUUAAGUAAGAAAUACAGUUUUUGAUCGUGAUAUGAAUCACGCAAGGGACCCCUUAACUAUUCAGGAUCAAUAGAACGAAUCGCACUUUUACCACUAAACUAUACCCGCUAC